AUGAGUCAGUGUUUUAUAGGACCUGAGGAAGCCGCUUACAAUACAGGGAUCAGCAUCGGAAAUCCAAAUCUGAACAGCUACAUGAAAGGGCCACAAGUGACCGAACAGGGACCAACCCGAUCAAUUUACGUGCGUGUAAGUUUAGAUCCUUCACUGAGGAGGAUAGAAGUCGACUAUGCAGGAAUCAUUCCCCGUGAUACCUUAAGGAGGGACGAGGAUCAAAUGAGCAAGGAAGUCAAAAGAGUCACCUGGAUCCAGAAGCAUUGA